AUGUCUACAGAAAUCAAACCACAAGAACUCGUGCCUUCUACUGCUUCUCAAAACUUAUUGAACGACAAAUGGGAUGUUGUUUUAUCCAACACAUUGAUCAAAACUGGAUUAGGUUUUGGUGGUGGUGUGUUAGCAUCAAUUUUAUUUUUCAAAAGAAGAGCAUUCCCAGUAUGGUUAGGUGUUGGAUUUGGAUUAGGUAGAGGAUAUGCUGAAGGUGAUGCUAUCUUUAGAUCUAACCAUGGAUUAAGAACUGUUAAAGCUUAA